AAGAGAAACCACGUUUAAAGACUUAAAAUCAGAAUUUUAAUUUUUUUACAUGUAUAAUUGUAUAUUUUAUGAGGUUUUUGAGAUACCCAUAACAAUUGCCCGUGCCUAAUGGUAGCACCGUCCUAGUGUUUUUGCGUUUUUCCACAUUAACCGAAGUGACAGACUUCCAUCUCUUAGUGACGGAGGAGAUGAGUGGGGGCACCGCUGAGCGGAAGAUGGUGACCUGCACUGUCAAACCUGCAAUCCACCUACAGAUCGGAGAAGCUAAAUCUGACACAGCUCAGUCUGGGGUUUCUGUGGUUGAUGUGAUGCUGCCUUUUGGAAAAACCAUCAAUAUCCAGGAAAUCACUUUUAAGAACUACUACACUGCCUCUGUGACGGUGCGCUUACUGAGGAAGAAACCUGGUCAUGAAGCCAUGGCCAAGUGGUGCACGGCCCUGAGAAAUCUGGUCCUCAUGGAGAAUCCGCACACGGAGGUGGGGUCACAGGACUACUGCUCCAUCAGUAGGUCAAAGAUGGAAGUGGACCCAGAUCACGUGACCUGUGUGCGCCUGAUUCUAAGGCAGCCGUCGUCAAACUGGCUGACCUUCAGCCUGGAUGAUGUUCAGUUGUACCCCCACACCGAGAUGGACCCAGAAAAGGAGGUUGCUGAUUGGCUAUCAGACCUGACACUGGUGGAUCAACAUCUUGACAUAGAGGGCCUUCCUGACCCUCAGAUGGUGUCAUCUAGUAUUCAGCAGAUGUGGGCUCUUACCCAGGUCAUGCAGAGUGACCAGACCAUGGCAUCUAUUGGAAGAUUUGACGUGGACGGAAGCUACGACAUUGAUUUGAUCUCUUUGACAUGAUGACAACAAACAUGAUGUUGGUUCAGUUUCACACUGAAGAUCUGCUGUGAUGUUACGUUUUGUGCUGCUAUUUUACCCUUCAUUUCACAUGGAUUUAAUGUUAAUAGUAUUUAAUUUUUUAUUUAUGUGUUAUUAUUAAACUAUAAAAUACAUUAACAUGACGAUGUGGUUUAAAAUGAAUAUUUUUCUUCACUACUUUAAUCCUGGAAAUUCUGUCUGCUCAAAAAUAAUUAAAAUUUUCAUCAUUUCUAUCUACAUUUACCAUUAGCAUUGUAACUACAGUUAAUCAAAAUAAACAUUCAAAUGUCAGUGAUUUUUUUAAGUAGAAAAAUAAAUGAAAAAAAAUCAAAGAGUCAUACAUGACAAAAUAAAACAAAAUAAUUAGAGUAAUAAAUGUCUCAAAAUAAGCAACAUCAAAACAACCCUUAACCAAAAGAAAAAUCACAUUCAUAGCUCCCACAGGUGGUGUUGAUGGAUGGAUGAAGUUGACAUUUAGGCUCACGUGCUGCUGAGGCUCUCUGUUGUUCUAGAAGUAUUUAAACUUUCCUCUGGUGUAACAGUUGAAAAAGAGCAUGUCCUAGUUAACCCACUGCAUAAUUAUUCUCUAUAGAAUAGCUGAAAGGAAAUACAUCAAAUAAGAGGCCCAGAAAGAGCUGAAGGGACAGUUCAAAUCUGAAGGCCUAAGUCGAGUGUCAGCUUCUUGCCUGGACCUGUGUCUCAGUGGGUGUUGUUCCAGAGAAAUAUUUCUUUUUCAAGCACAGACGCCAACCUCUUGUUGAAGGGCCUGUAAAAAUACUUAAGGAUUUCUCUAGUAUCAGAAAGCAUUGCACCCAAAGACUUAUCUACUGAAUUCCGAGUGUUUAACAGUCUGCUCCUCAGGCUCCUCUGGGAGAGGAUCUGUAGAGGAACAAAGACAAAUGUUUUUUUUAAGUGUAAAACCUAAAGUAAGUAAGUGAUUCAAACCAGACACAGUAUUAAAGGUAUUCGACACACAAAUAUAUAGUUUGAUUAUUUUCACUUACCCAAGCUAAGAAAAUCAAAAGCUAUUGUCAUUGUCUCUUUCAGAUUUGCUGAGUAGUCUUCAAGGUGCAGAAUCAUAAUUUGUUCUCUACUGAAAACACUCAUCCAGUCCAGUAAGAAGACCACAUACACCUCCAUGUGUACCCUGACCUGUGGGGGGAUUAAUUAAUUUAAUUUAAUUAAAUUAAAAAUGCAGGUGAACAUCUAAAUAACUUUUCUACUGAGAAAGAAGGUAAUCUGCACCUUAACACCAAUGGUUCCUGGUACUAAAAGCUGUCGUCAUUAUGGAACUUUCUCAACGCUUUACGAUUGAUCAAACGUAUUAGGAUAUUGUAAUUUACCCAUACCCAUACCCACCCCCAAAUCUUUGAAUACAUCUUAUCAUAAAAAAGGGCAAAAUUUGAAAUCAGCCAACUCAAAAUAUUUUGACCAUAUUUUCAGAACCAGGAAAUAUUUUGGCUGUCCCCAGAGGCAGAGCCUGGAUCUUUUCAAAACACAGAUAUACAUUUCCAUAAUGGACAGUUCAGGAUUAAAGGAUGAUGUAUUUUAUAUGUAUGAUAUAACCACCACUGUGUCAAGGCUUAGUUGCCUAGAUCUGAAUGAAGACACAUUUGAAGACAUGAAUGAUGUAAUCAAUGAGCUAAUAAAUGACAACUCAUAAAAACA